GCCAUCUUCACGCGAUUGAAAUUUCUACGCAUCACUAUCAAGUUGGUAGCUUGCUCUUUCCUUUCCCGUGUAAACUUUAACAUGGCACCGAAGAAGGAUACAAAAUCGUCGGCUAAGCAGCCACAAAAGACCCAAAAGAAGAAGGAAGGAGGUGGUGGCGGCAAAGCCAAGAAGAAGAAGUGGUCGAAAGGAAAAGUUCGUGACAAGUUGAACAAUCAAGUCUUGUUCGACAAGCCAACAUAUGAGAAAUUGUACAAGGAAGUCCCACAAUACAAAUUGAUCACCCCAAGUAUUGUAUCCGAAAGAUUGAAGAUUCGUGGUUCACUCGCCAGACGUGCCCUCAUCGAAUUGCGUGACAAAGGAUUAAUCAAACAAGUUAUCCAACAUCACGCUCAAGUUAUCUACACAAGAACAACAAAGGGCGACGAUCCAGUUGCAUAAAAAGGAUAUAUUAUUUUAUGUUCAAUAAAAAAUAUCGAUGCGUGUUUUUUAAAAAACCUAAAAUGAUGACCAUUUUAGCGCAAUAAAUCUUUUUGAAAUCAAUUCAAAACAACAUCAAA